AUGGCAGGUCCACUUCUCCAGCCCCUGCUGAUCCUAGUGCUGUCCUUAGCCCUGGGAUCUGCUAGACAAGCAGGAAAGGAUGCUGGGGAUAGAAUUAUUGAUGGAGUCCCCUGCCCAAGAGCCUCCCACCCCUGGCAGGUGGCCCUGCUCAAAGGCAGUCAGCUGCACUGCGGAGGCGUGCUGGUCAACGAGCAGUGGGUGCUCACAGCCGCCCACUGCCAGAUGAGUAACUACAACGUGUACAUGGGCAGUUUUCGGCUGAACAGUAGGAGAGGCCAGAAGAUCAGUGCCACAAAGUCUUUCGUUCACCCCGACUACUCCACGCAGACUCACGUCAAUGACAUCAUGCUCGUGAAGCUCAGCGAGCCAGCCAAGCUGACCUCGGCUGUGAAGAAAGUCAACCUGCCCACCCGCUGCGAACCGCCUGGGACCCCAUGUAUCGUUUCUGGCUGGGGCACCACCACCAGCCCUGAGGUGAAUUUCCCAUCGGAGCUCAUGUGCACGAAUGUUAGGCUCAUCUCCUACCAGGACUGCAAGAAGGUUUACAAGGACCUGCUGGGGAAAUCCAUGCUGUGUGCUGGCAUCCCCAACUCGAAGACCAACGCCUGCAAUGGUGACUCAGGGGGACCGCUGAUUUGCCAAGGCACCCUGCAAGGCCUGGUGUCCUGGGGAACUUUCCCGUGCGGCCAACCCAACGACCCAGGUGUCUAUACCCAAGUCUGCAAGUUCACCAAUUGGAUAAAGGAGACCAUGGAAAACAAUUAA